GACGACGCAGGCAGGGGGGCGAGGGCACGCGGCCUCCGCGCGGACGCUCCGACCGACCUGUCGCCGCCGCCGCGGGCCGCCCAAGGGCCUGGCUUGUGAGGUUGCGCGGGCCCAGGUGGCGUCCGCCCGAGCGUCAGGCUUGUUCGUCACCAUGAAGCUGCUGCACCCGGCCUUCCCCGCCUGCUUCCUGCUGACCCUGCUCAGCUUAUGGGCAGCUGCUCCCGAGGCUCACGCUGUGUCCAGGGGGACGCCAGCCAUCAGUGCUGCCUCUUUCCUGCAGGACCUCAUGCAUCGCUAUGGCGAGGGUGACAGCCUCACCCUGCAACAGCUGAAGGGCCUGCUCAACCACCUGGACGUGGGAGUGGGCCGGGACAACGUCACCGAGCCCACGCAGGGACAGAGGAACCUCUCGACGUGCUUUAGUUCCGGGGACCUCUUUGCUGCGCACAACUUCAGCGAGCAGUCCCGGAUUGGGAUGAAAGAGUUCCGGGAGUUCUGCCCCACCGUCCUCCAGCAGCUGGAUUCCCGGGCCUGCUCCUCCGAGAACCAGGAGAACGAGGAGAACGAGCAGACAGACGAGGGGCGGCCAAGCACGAUCGAAGUGUGGGGAUAUGGUCUCCUCUGUGUGACCGUCAUCUCCCUCUGCUCCCUCAUGGGGGCCAGCGUGGUGCCCUUCAUGAAGAAGACUUUUUACAAGAGGCUGCUGCUCUACUUCAUAGCUCUGGCGAUUGGAACCCUCUACUCCAACGCCCUCUUCCAGCUCAUCCCCGAGGCUUUUGGUUUCAACCCUCUGGAGGAUAAUUAUGUCUCCAAGUCUGCAGUGGUGUUCGGGGGCUUUUAUCUUUUCUUUUUCACAGAGAAGAUCUUGAAGAUGCUUCUUAAGCAGAAAAACGAGCAUCAUCACGGACAUAGCCAUUAUGCCUCUGAGACACUUCCUUCUAAGAAGGACCAGGAGGAGGGGGUGACAGAGAAGCUGCAGAAUGGGGAUCUGGACCACAUGAUUCCUCAACACUGCAGCAGUGAGCUGGAUGGGAAGGCCCCUGUGAUGGAUGAGAAGGUCAUCAUGGGCUCGCUGUCUGUCCAGGACCUGCAGGCUUCCCAAAGCGCCUGUUACUGGCUGAAAGGUGUCCGCUACUCUGAUAUCGGCACUCUGGCAUGGAUGAUCACCCUGAGCGAUGGCCUCCACAAUUUCAUCGACGGCCUGGCUAUCGGUGCCUCCUUUACUGUGUCUGUUUUCCAAGGCAUCAGCACCUCGGUGGCCAUCCUCUGUGAGGAGUUCCCACAUGAGCUAGGAGACUUUGUCAUCCUGCUCAAUGCUGGGAUGAGCAUCCAGCAGGCUCUCUUCUUCAACUUCCUUUCUGCCUGCUGCUGUUACGUGGGUCUGGCCUUUGGCAUCCUGGCGGGCAGCCACUUCUCUGCCAACUGGAUCUUUGCACUGGCUGGUGGAAUGUUCCUGUACAUUUCUCUGGCUGAUAUGUUCCCUGAGAUGAAUGAGGUCUCCCAAGAGGAUGAAAGGAACGGCAGUGCCUUGAUCCCCUUUGCCAUCCAGAACCUGGGCCUCUUGACCGGUUUCACCAUCAUGCUGCUCCUCACUAUGUACUCAGGACAGAUCCAGAUCGGGUAGGGGCCUGGGCUACGCGUCCCGCGCCCGAGGACUCGGCAUCUGCAAGGCACCUCGGAACAGGCGGUUCUGUUAAAAACUGUGACACGGACUGUAUUCCUGCAUUCAAUGUCAGCUGUCUCUAAAACGCUCUGUCCUAGGAAUAAGCUGCCUGGUAACCAGUCUCUAGGUAGUGCCUCUCUCCCUGUCCUCUCCCUCUUGCCCAGAGUGACUCUGGAACCUGAGUGCAGCUGAGAAGACAAGCUUAACUUUUUUCUCUGGUUGUCCUGGCCUCUUUUUCUUCGAACCAGCGCUGGGAGAUUUUGAAUCCUUUGCCCUACGAUGCAAAAAUAUAGCCAGUGGUCAUAACUUGGUUAGAAAUAUCAGGAGGUGAAUCUAUAAUUUGGGGUCCAGAAAUCUAAAUGUGUUUCCUGGACCUCAAGAUGACCCAUUCUUAAAUGGAUUCACCUAUUUUUACAGAAAAGGUACAGGAGACAGGAAUCCCUCCUAGUUUUUCAAAGUCUGUUCAGUUGCCUGUUCUCUCAAAGAGCUGAAAGUUGGAAUAGAUGGAUCCGGCAAGACAGGAGGCAGGGUCAUCCUGAGUGAGAGGGGGCGUCGCGCCGAGGGUCUGUGCCUUCGUGACAAUAACUCUCCCCACGGGGGUGCUGGGUAUGGAUUUUGUGGCUGCGCCUGGUGUCUCAUGGCCGUCCAGGUGAGCUGGCAUGUGGCGUCGGCUGCUGGACCUCCCCUUCCUCCAGAUGAACACCGACAGAGUGGAAGGCAGAGAAUGAAGACCUGCAAGAAAUCACUUGGUUUGGUUUUGAUGUGAUUUCCACUCCCCUUCCCCACUCCCAUCUUCUGAGAGACUUUAGCUGCCUCCCUAAAAGCACAUUCUGAGCACACUUACGAUGUUUGUAUUAGAGGGGAGGCUGCACGAGUUUACCUCCCCGGGUUAACACUGCUGCUGCAAAGUGGCAAGUUGACUUGUAGAAUUGGAAUGCAGUUUAUGCUCUUCUUAGACAAGGUAAUCAGAAAUGGAAUCAGUGCAGGCAAAGUCUAGGAUUUGUUGAUCAUUUGAAUAAAAGUAUGAGUAAGAGAACUCUGACACGGAAGGCCUGAAAUUUGGAUCAGGGCACUGCAGAUGUUUGCAGAGCAGAGAACUACUGAUCACACUGCCAGUGGGUUAAAGGGCACUGUCUAGCUUACCCUACCCCGUCCUCCCGCACCCUAAACGAGAAAGGGCGAAUCCUGUAUUGAAUGAAAUAUUAAUUGCUCUAAUUCUCUUCAGAAAAUGGGUUGAUAGACUUGUCUGUGAGACUCUGUGGAGCCCUCUCCUCAGAACUCUGGCUUCAAGGGAGCUCAUCUCCAGGUUCACUAGGUGAAUUGAUUUAUUAUUAUCAUAUUGAUAAUGUGAGAUUCUUUAGCCACUUUGGGGAGCCAGUCUCUCCGGAAGCCUUUCUUAGUGGUGCCCACAGUUGUGGCCCAGGGGCUGUGUUCACAAACUGAUGUAUGUGCGUGACUGACGAGUGCUGGUGCAUUGCCAGCACCUGUGAGUUUCUCUGUUCUUAGGAAAACUUUCCACUCUACAGUAAUUAAAAGCACCAUCUAUUUUGGUUUUUUCUUCUUGGGAAAUGUCUCUCAAACCAGGAAUAUUCUUGAAAAGAACAUGAGCGGGAAAACUGCUGGUGAUGGUUUAGACAUCUUUCUCCUUGUCUUGCCUGUUGACUUUGAUACAUUUAAGAAUGAGCUGAACAAGGAAAACUUGAGUUUUAAAAUUCUAGAUUAAAUAUCAGGACUGACUCCUGAUAGGAUUCUGUUCCAGUUUUACCAAAGAACCAAUUCCUUGAAUGUUGGAAUCUAACUUUUAUAUUAUUAUUAUUAUUAUUCUUACUGUUUUAAAACAAUUCUUUGUCUUUUCUGUUUUAUUUUUCUCAAAUUGCUUUCAGGAACUAGUGGAAAAUAACACUCAACCUUUAAGACUUUAGAAGAUUUUGCUUUCCUUAAUUCACAUUGAUGUAUUACAUUUAUAAUUUUAGCAUUCCCUAUAGAGCUGUCCUUCCUUACAAAUACCAUUAUUCUUGGAGUAGAAUACUUAGAGUUAGGGCGUUUCUAGUUUUAGGAGAAGAGCUCAAAAAUGUAAUCUUUAACAAAUUAAAAAAUAAAAUCUGAAACAGUAGGAUGCUUUCCCUUUUCAUGCAUGUCUAUAUUAACUUAAGAGCCUUCCUUCAUAGACAGCUGCCUCAGAGGGAGAUGAUGUAAGCUGUAGCUGGUCCGGAGCCCCGUCCCGGAUGCAGCGGAGGAGGGGUGGAGACACUCAGAUCAUGCGACUGAUUGGAUGUUCCCAUUGGCAACAGUUUUGCCUCAUGAUUUGAAAAUAUGGCAAUUUCUUUUUGACUUUUAAGUGUUGAAUUUGCCAUUUUAAACAUGUGUCCAUAUUGGGAGUCUGAGGAACAGCGAGUUGUGAGGACUUUUUCACCCCUGGCAUUAGCAUCUUCAACCUCUUUUUCCCCAAAUGGACCAGCUCCUAUUAAUGUUAACAAGGAAAGUAUAUGUCACAUGCAGAAGCAGUGGCCCAGGAGCAGGGGUUCUGCUUCUCACCUUGCCCUGGCAUGCGGGUUGCCUUUUGUCCUUGUCCCCAAAGGUUUUUUUGUAUCUAGUGUCAACUUGGGGCUUUCCCUCAUUGGUUCUUCACCCUGGGUUUAAAAGAGAAGGUUUCUCUGCUUGGGUAUCCUAAGACCUGUUUUCAGUAAGUCCUCUUCCAAAGAGAUGAUAGUAUGCUGGAAAUCUUAAAAAUCAAAAAGUCUGAUUUUUACAAAAGAGAGAGGUUAGGUUUUUAUUGUUUAUAUUUCUUUUUACAGUUCUGCAAUUCCAUCACAGUAUUUUUUUAAAUAACUCAGGUGUUAUGAGAAAAAUUAGAAAAGAAUAUAACUUAUGUAGACUGUAAAUGUUUAUUUGUAAGGUUCUAUAAAUAAAGCUAUAUUCUGUAACUGUUGAA